AUUGAUACCUACCUAUCCUUUCUUUUACCCUACCAAAUCACUUUUUGACAGAUAUUCACAUCUUUUCUUCUCUUCUCUCUUCUACAAAAACAACUUACCUCUUUAUAAUUCGUCUUAUAUUUAAGAACCCACGGAAAAAGAUUCUAGGACUCGAGCCCAUUCUCCUUCAUCACUUACUUAACAUUUAAUUCGCUUUUCGCAUACGCCAGAAUGGUAUGUCCUUUAAUUUCUAGCUAUUCCUGCAGUAUCAGACCCUCAUUCUACUGCGCGGUUUCUCAAUUCAUGUAUUCUUUUGAAGCCCCGAUUCGCAUUCCAAUCGCUUUACAACUUCCCCGACCCCAACUCCCCAUCUUCAAUUCUUCAAUUCCCGAAGCAGCAAUUCGGCCAGCUAAUGCUUUCCCUCCUAGGUUCAAACACCCACCCAACGCAAAGCGAACCUCAAGUUCGCUGCCAUAAACGAGAACAAGCAAGGCAAAUCAGAAGCUCAAUUGCACAAGAAGGAGCUGAAGAAACAGAAGAGCCCUGUUAGUAAGGGUUGGCUAUGUAGGUUAUGAUCUCUUUUUAUCUUUUGCGGCUGGAAAGGAAAGAGGUUAAGGAAGAGGUAGGCGCAGAAGAGGGAAGAGAUGGAAAGUAGAGGUAAAAUUGUUGGCGACGCAUCUAUUUGGGUGGAAAGGGGAAGUCUCCUUCACCAAGUGCGCCAGUGCGUGAAUGUGAUGCGAGGCAGACCUACCAGGGAUAAGCUCCGAUCUGGGCCACUAUAAGUCAUGAAGAAGAAGAUUCUGAAAGGAAUCACAAGCAUGUACAAGGUCUUAGCUAACAAUCCAACGAAAAGAUCUCUUAGCAUUCAUCCUCAUCGGUGGAUUCUUUGUCGAUGCGAUCUUUCGCCUGGUCUCCUAUUUCAGCAGUAAAUAAGCGCAUCGCGCACAUUCACAUUCAAUACAUUUAUCAACUCUCGCAACCAUAUGCCGGAGGGAUCCAAGUCGUGUAAAACGAAGAAAGUGCAUUAGUUGUACACAACUAAAAUCUGUCGAUUGGAGAGCAGCUAGCUUGCGAGAUGUUGAUAGUCUAGGGACAGGGCUUGCAUUGCCAGGGAAGCAAUUGCGAUUGUGAGAUUUGUGGAUGGGAGUUAUUUUGGGAUCUAAUUUUUAUUUCCAUGUAAUAUUCGGCUCCUUUAAAUGUUGUCGGAUCUCAGUGAUCAAGGGUUUUUUUUUCCUUAUGGGGUCAAUAAAUGAUUUAUUUAGCGCUCAAUACAUUUGAAAAUUGAAGAAAUUCGAUUU